AUGCGUGUGCUGGGAGCUCUGUGGGUUUUGUUGGCCCUUUUUGAGGACGGCUGCAAUUUCGACCAACACCGAGCCUUCCUGGCACAGAAGAGAGCGCAGACAACGCACCAGAUCAAGGACCCUACUGAGACAUUACGUCUCGGACCCGCUUGGGAAAAGCGGGCGCAGGAGCAACAAGAAUCCAAUACCACCAUGGCCGAGCCGUGGAGGUGCUCGAAGUGCAAGGUCUUCUGCAAGGCGAAUGCAGAAUUCUGCAGCCGCUGUGGAGGGCGAUGGAACAACUGCAUGGAGAGAGGGAUGGAGGCAGAGGCAAUGGUGCUUGGACAUACUCGGCCCCAUCUUGGGAAGCCGCAACACCUCGCCGCCAGAAAACCCAGUCGCCCAGGAGGCGAGGUGGGCAAAGGGGGCAAGGCUGCCGACAAAGGCAAAGGAACAGGGAAGGCACAGAAGCCGCCAGCCCGGACGGAUGUGCACUUCCCGAGCUUGGCGGAGCUACCUCAGCCGCCCGUUCCUCGCAUACCACCCAAGCCACCGACUACGAGUUCGCAGCCGGCGAUGACCGAAGACCGUCGCUUGCUGUCAGAGAUAUUAGCUGCCAUACCCAAGGAGAGUUUGCCAGCGGAUCUCUUGCAGCGUGCGGGCCAGCAAGCUCGCAAAGAUCUGGAACAGCUUCGGCGCGACAAUGCUUCUUUCACGGCCUCACGGGAGCACUACGUCGGGCAACUACUCGAACUCUGGAAGAAGCAGGGUGCUUCGCGUCUGGAGUCGAUGGCGGCCUUCGAGGAGAAGGAGGCCGAGUUGUCAAGCAGAUUGGCUCUGCUGGCCCAACUUCUGGCGAUUGCUACUCAGGAGGAGAAAGACAGCGAGAGGUCGGGCAAAGAACUGAACGACGAGAAUGCCAUGGAGGAGAUCGAGGAGGCGGAAGCAGCAGUGGAGACGGCUGCCAGUACAGAGAGCGAGGUCCGCGCCAGAUACCGGAAAGCUCGCGAAAAGUUCAAAGCGCAGCAUGCGCAGAUCGAAGGUCUGCUUCUCGAGGCACAGGAAGAUGCAGCGGCUGCAACCCGAGAAGGGAGCCGCACGCCACGCAGGCGAACCAAGGAGGAGCCCACCGAAGCGCCGGUGGAUCUGACCGCCGAAUCGCCCCCUGGCGAGGCCCGACCCAUGGCCUGA